AUGCGACUUCCAUGCUCGCACCUACUCACACCGGACAUACCGCAGCACCAAUAUCUCGAUCUUCCAUCAUUUUCCUUUCUUAUUGAUCACCCAGGAUCGCAGCGCAAGAUUCUGUUCGAUCUUGGGCUUAGGAAAGAACUCUCAAGUCACCCACCAGCAGUGGAAAGGUUUCUUGUCGAGUCUGGUUGGGACUUGCAAGUGACAAAAGACAUUCCCGAGAUCCUCAAGGAAGGCAACCUGUCUCCGACUGAUAUUGAGGCUGUGGUCUUCAGUCACCAUCAUUUUGACCAUGUAGGGGACCUGAGUCAAUUUCCAUCAACUACUACAGUCGUUGUUGGCCCUGGCUUUAAAAAUGCCCAUUUGCCCGGAUGGCCUGUGAAUCCCGAGUCGUCAUUAAUUGACGAUGAUUGGAAAAGGCACAAUAUUCGCGAAAUAUCCUUUGAUGUCGGGCCUGAAGAACUCUUCAUUGGUGGAUUUCCGGCCGUUGAUUAUUUCGGAGAUGGAAGCUUCUAUCUACUCAAUGCACCUGGGCAUACGAUCGGGCAUCUUGCUGCUCUGGCUAAAAUAUCUCUGGCUUCUGCCUCAUCUGGAGAACAUCCAAGCCAACAUCCAAGAGAUAAAUUUGUGUUCUUAGGUGGAGAUAUUUGCCAUUAUCCAGGCGUUUUUCGCCCCACGGAAAGUUCACCUUUGGAUACUGAAGCCCAAGCGGCUUUGUACACCUGUCCAGCGUCUUUCUUCCUCGAUGUCCAUCCAGAGAAAAGUUGCGAAAAACCUUACUAUAGGAUGCCAGCCCAUUGCACCGUGGAUGAAAAGGCUGCCGGAGACUCAAUCCGAAAGCUGUGUGCAUUCGACGCCAAUGAGGACGUUCUGGUAAUUAUUGGCCACGAUGCGUCCUUGAUUGGAAAGAUGGAUUUCUUCCCGAAACCGAUCAAUGUAUGGGAAAAAGAGGCAAAGGAUACCUUGCAGUGGGCUUUCUUGAAAGAUCUCUGCCAAAAUACUAUUCACAACUAG